AUGACUCUCUCCUUUUCUUGGCCUUCUUCGCCGCCGGCGAGCUCCUCCGGUGACCAUGUCGAACUCCGGUGGGUGUUGCCUUUGCUGCUGUGCCGUGCCUUCAUCUUCUCUCUCGUCCUCACAGCUCUCUUCACGUGGCUCCCGGAGAGCCCGUCCAAGCCCAGUUGCUCUAUCCAGCAAUUCUACCUCCCAGCAUUCAACAGAUCUUCGGACACUCCCACGAGCACCCCCAUUUUCUUGGACGUGAACCUGAGCAACGGCAACAAAGAGAGGGGCAUCCACUACGACCCCGUGAACCUCACCCUCUAUUACUACAGUGAUACGAAUCAGACCGAGUGGCUCAAGACCAUUCCUGGAUUUUACCAGGUGUAUAAGAAGAAGGCCACGAAAAAUGCAAGUGUGGAGACUUUUGGGAUGACUUGCACUGAUGUUGUGGCCAAGAACGAGUCUUUGGUCUUUAGGGUGGAUUUGGCCACUGCAGUGAGGUUCCAGAUCAUGGUUUGGAAGACCGAGAGGUACAAGUUAAUGGUGGGUGCUAAUGUGACUCUCAAUGCUGAGGGUGCUAAGACCACCAAGAAGGAUAUCAAGCUAAAGUCUAGGGUGUGUACGAAUUUGAGGGGUUGCUUUUGGCAGGUGGGGAUUUAUGUUGUUGCUCUAUGGGCUGAGUUGUACUCUGUUUCGUACGGGGAGGGUUGA